AUGGUUACAGACAGUGAAGCCAAAGUCCGCCGCCUCAAGGGCAAGAGAGGCCGACCCGGCUUAGAAAGAAGGCAUCGGCGGGCUCCCGGGGGGCGGCCGGGGGGGGGCAAGCACGUGGCCUCCGCUGGGGAUGCAUUGCCCCGCCCACCGCUGCAGCCGGUGCCCGGAGCCAGCGCAGCGAUGCGGCGGCGGAGAAGGCCCAUGGACCCCUGGGGCUGCCUGCGCCCCCCCUGGCGAUGGGGACAGGGCUGUGCCUGGCUGAGCUUUGCUCUGCUGUGCCUGGCCACGCUCUCCUUGCUCUGCCUGCAGUCUGGGCUCAUGCUGCGCUUGGCCCACCAUGGGGCAGGAGGACCCCCGACCUCUGCAGCUGCUGCUAUCUCCCGGAGGCUCCAGCCACCCUCCGGAAGCAACCAGACUCUUCAGCGGCUCCUGGGUGCUGGGUCUGCCAACCUUGCCUCUGCCCAGCAGGCUCCAUUGUGGCACUUCUUCCUCUCUGGCCUGUGGAGAUUCUGGCAUCGCCUUGCAGAGGGGCUGGGCAGGUCCUGGAGGGGCUCCCGGACGACUGUCCAGUUGCAGCCGCUGCCCUGGGCUGCCUGGCAGAAGAAGCUCUCUUCAGGGGUGCUGGGCCCCCGCCUUCAGCAAGUCUUCCAGAACUACCAAGCCAUGAAUAAGUACCGGGUGCCCCCAGGGGCCACGCAGCACCGAGGGAACCCCCAUGCCGCUGGGACAGAGCUCUUGUGCCAGCUCCAGAGCCGUGUGACAGUGACCACGCUCCUGGGGGACGAGGGGCCCUUUGCAGACCCAGAGUGGAGGGGGCUGCUGCCCAGAAGGAGCCUGAGGCAGGAGCUGGGCCCUCUGGGGAAGUGUGCUGUGGUCAGCUCUGCUGGCUCCAUGUUGGGCUCCGGACUGGGCAAGGAGAUUGACUCCCAUGAUGCUGUUCUUCGUUUCAACGGAGCCCUAACUACUGGCUAUGAGCAGGACGUGGGCAUCAAAACUACCAUCCGCCUCGUGAAUUCCCAGGCCCAUGUCUUCAGGUUAGGGUUGUGCCAGCUCCAGAGCCAUGUGGCAGUGACCACGCUCCUGGGGGACGAGGGGCCCUUUGCAGACCCAGAGUGGAGGGGGCCCUAA